AGUGGGGCGGCGGAUGUUUACGGCGGCGGCGGUCGGGGCGGCGGACGGGCGAGGGGCGCCGAGGAGCUGCAGGUCGCGGCCGGGCGGCCCGGUCUCGCGGCCCAGCCCGGAGAAGAGUGGCUGAAGUAACCAACUCCACUUGGGUGUCGAGUACACUGUCAUUCAAGAAUUAGUGAAUAUUGCCUAAGCGUGAUCUUGAAGAUGGGAGGUGCUGUGAGUGCUGGUGAAGACAACGAUGAGCUGAUAGACAAUCUGAAGGAAGCACAGUACAUCCGGACCGAGCUAGUAGAGCAAGCUUUCCGAGCUAUCGACCGCGCAGAUUAUUAUCUUGAAGAAUUUAAGGAAAACGCUUAUAAAGACUUGGCGUGGAAGCAUGGAAACAUCCACCUCUCGGCCCCUUGCAUCUACUCAGAAGUGAUGGAAGCCCUCGACCUGCAGCCGGGGCUCUCCUUCUUAAACCUGGGCAGUGGCACGGGCUACCUCAGCUCGAUGGUGGGGCUCAUUCUAGGUCCUUUUGGUGUGAACCACGGGGUUGAACUCCAUUCAGAUGUAAUAGAAUAUGCAAGGCAGAAGCUGGACUUCUUUAUUAGAACCAGCGACAGCUUUGACAAAUUUGACUUCUGUGAACCUUCCUUUGUUACUGGCAAUUGCCUAGAGAUUUCUCCAGAUUGUUCUCAGUAUGAUCGUGUGUACUGUGGGGCUGGUGUGCAGAAAGAGCAUGAAGAGUACAUGAAGAGUCUUCUCAAAGUAGGAGGCAUCCUUGUCAUGCCACUGGAAGAGAAGUUGACUAAGAUAACACGAACCGGUCCUUCUGCUUGGGAAACCAAAAAGAUUCUGGCUGUUUCUUUUGCUCCUCUAAUCCAGCCUUGUCACUCAGAGUCUGGAAAAUCAAGACUUGUCCAGUUACCGCCGCUGGCCGUGCGAAGCCUCCAGGACCUGGCUCGCAUCGCCAUCCGGGCCACCAUUAAAAAGGUCAUCCGUCAGGAGACCGUGAGCAGCGGCGGGAACGGACUGAAGAACACUCCCAGGGCCAAGCGCAGGAGAGUGCGCCGCCGCUGCAUGGAGACCAUCGUCUUUUUGGACAAAGAGGUAUUUGCCAGUCGGAUCUCCAGCCCCUCUGAUGACAACAGCUGUGAGGACUUGGAAGAGGAACAGCGGGAGGAGGACAAGGCCCCGCCGGAAACGAAGCCAGCCCCGCCAGUGAACUUCCUGCGCGAGAAGGUCCUGAGCCUCCCCCUGCCCGAUCCCCUAAAAUACUACCUGCUGUACUACCGAGAGAAGUAAGUCUGCGGGCACCGAUUGGAGGCAGAACCGAAGGCUGUGCCCCUCGCCCUCGCCGGGCCACGUGGGCACAUGCUGUGGGGAAGGAGGUGCGGUCCUCUCCACCUUUCUGUUUUCAGUUUGUUCUUGGUUUUCCUCUAGAAUUCCCACUCAUUGGUAUCAUUUCAGCUAACAUAAUCUGACAAACACAAGGUGCAUAGGAGAAUGUUUUCUCAAAAGGGAGAGAAUCUCCUGGAGAAGGGUGUUUGCUUUUUGCUCUGGUGAAACUCUGACCUCUGCGCGCAGAGACCGCUUUGGUGACUGUCUCCCACCCAAGACACACAUGUCUGCGUUACUCAUGAAGCAGUGAAGUUGAAAGUAACCUGUGUUGCUCAUAAAAUGUGAAAGAAAGCACAAGUUUGCAAGUGUGUAAAGUCUUUCCUGGGUGUGACACACCUGUGUCCAAGUUAGAACUUUAUAGUACCAACCUCAUAAUUACUGGCGCUGAGCCCCACUCACCCUUUUAGUUCUCUGGAGCGGGGAAGAUUAUUGAAAAGCUCUCCUUUAUUUUAAAUGAAUGUGAUUAAAUCUUAAUGUGAGUUGUCGAUUGUAAUUUUAAAAGAAGGAAAUUGUGAUGGGGAGGAGGAAUAAAAGUAUCAAACUGCCAGAUGUCUCUCUCGAAUUCUGAAAUAAUCCAAGGAAUAUUUUCCUGACACCUUUUCUUACCUUUAGAAGAACGAGUGGCAGAUAAUUCCUUAGAAUAGACUCAACAAUGAAACAGGUGUUGUGUGUAAUAAACUUUUACCCCAAGGGUAGGUAGGGAUGACUGGUUGACCCAAGCUUGAAUAUGCUAAUGGGCACCUAAGGCAUCUAUGUGCUCCUUCCUCAAAACAGGUGGAAAGUAUUCAUUAAAAAUGCAGGAACUGCAUUGGGGACAAUGUUACAGACAGCCUGUGCUUUUUUUAAACUUCAGUUGGCUAUUUUUCUGUAAUCACAUUAGAGUACUGAUUAAUAGAUUUUAUCUUUUAUAAUUCUGGAGAAAAAGACGUGUUUUCUAAUUUUUCUUAAUAACAAAUAUGUGUAUUUUAGUAGCUCCAUUGCGUCAGAAUAACGGUGACUUGUGAAGCCUACCUUCUCCAGGCCCUUCGGGUGGAGCACGGUCUGUGUUGACCAAGUUCUGGGUUAGAAGAGGAGGCCGCCUGUCAGUUAGAUGGCAGGAUGUUUUCAAGUUACAUUGGUCAUUCCAAAACAUUGGUUCUUUUCAAACUCACUUUUUGUACCCAAAGAAAAGAAUGGUGUAAGACGUUAACAGGAAACUCAAACUCCGAGUGCUGAUGUAGGGUCAGUCAUGACUAGUUUUAUCCCUUAGCCUCUUGGAUGUUGCUGAGCUUGAGUGUCUCUCUGGUUUCACCAGCUGAACCGAGUUCUGGUUGUUUAUUUAUUUAUUUAAAAAAUUUUUAAACCUUUUCUUCUUUCUUAAGUAAGUGAAUCAUUUUUUUCCACAGGAUACUGUGUGCAUGCGUAGCUGGGAAAACAUGUCUGCUGCCCUAGAUUUGAAAAUGUAAUCCUUUGUAAAGACAGUUACCUCGUGGUCGUUUUUAACCUGGCUUUUAAUCGAAGGUCAAGCAUCCUUGUCUCAGAAGCGCAUGGUUUAUGUUUACUUGCGGUCACUUCUAGUGUGCACAUCUUUGCUGACAUCAUUCUAAUUGAUAUGUAGCAAUCUCUGCAAUACGUGGACAUUUGGAGCAUAAUGUUAAAUACAUGAUAUUUGUGAAAUCUGUUACACCAGGUGAGGUGGCUUGACUAAGUUUUUUAACUGUAUAUGGAUUUUAUUUUUUUUAAACCACAUUUGCUUUUAUGCUAGACUGUAAAAACUCUUCAUAAUGCAUAAGACAUGUUUUUCCCUGUAUAUGUCAAACCUUUCCUAACAUUUGUGUUUGUAUUUACAUGUUGUCAUUUUGUGAUGUUUAAACCAGAAUUUGGUUAAAAGUUUAUAUAGAUAUAAUAUAUGUGAAAUAGUUUGGUGUUUAUCUUAUACAUGUAGAGAAGAAUUAUAAAUGGGUUUUCCUGGGCUGAAGGGCCCCUCACCAGAGUCCAGUAUGAUGCACUACUACUACUAUCUGUUUCCUGACAGAUGUGUCGUCUGUAACCCCUAUAUUGUAAACCACAUUCUAGACAACUGUUGACUUUUAUGUUUUGAGAAGUAUGUAUUUCUGUAUGUGAUUUUUGUCUUGAAAGUAGUAAAGCCAUAGACGUGCAAAGGAAAUAUCAAAUGUAUAAAUAUCAAAGUAUGUAACGUAAAAAUCAGCUGUGUAUGUAAAAAUGCUUUUGCCAGUCUGGGCCUUUUCAGGGAAUUAAUGCCAGAAAUUUCAAACAAAGAUUUCAGUGAGCAGAUAUACAUUGGAUAAAUAGAAAGGGUAUCAAUAAACAUAGUUACGGCACUUCAGCCUUCUUGGCAUGGCUUGUGUUUCCUGUGUGGGAUUGAAAUUCUUGACUACAUAUUUUCCAAAAAUCUUUAAAAAUAAACUUUUUCUUUAUUACAA